AUGGACCACUACAAGGUUCUGGGGUUGCCAAGGAGUGCGAGCAAAGAAGAAAUCAAGGAAGCGUUCAGGAAACUGGCGGUGAAGCUGCACCCAGACAAGCACUCCCACUCCCCCAAGGCCGUGAGGGAGAGCACCACCCUCAGAUUCAAGCAGGUCUCCGAGGCCUACCAGGUCCUCAUCGACGAUCGCAAGCGCGCCGAUUAUAAUUUCCGGAGCUCUCGCUCUCACAAUUACAAUGCAAAUACUAGUAAUUACGGCCCUGGUUAUGGUUAUGGUUAUGGUUAUAGUGCUACCAAUUAUGGAGGCAAGUACAGACGAGCCUCCUCUGGAAGCUCUGGAGCUUCCUCUGCGUUUGAGAAUGUGCUUCGCUACGUCACGACGCGAGCGUUUCUUCUGAAUCUCUCCGUUGCAGGGGCUUUCUUAGGCGGCAUGGUCGUUGUUAAUAGGGGCUGGGAUGCUCUAUGGAAGAUGCAUAAUGCUGAGAAAUCAUUUGAAGAAACAAUGAGAUCCCUUGAAAGAUCCAAAGCACGUAAAGAGAAGCCGUAG